AUGGCCACCGUUUCUGCUCCUAAACAGGUUUCAGUUAAGGAAGAUGCAGAAGCUCUUCGGAAGGCUUGCCAAGGAUGGGGCACAGAUGAGAAGGCAAUAAUUGCAGUGUUGGGUCAUAGAAACGCAGCUCAAAGAAGGCAAAUCAGGCAUGUUUAUGAAGAGAUUUACCAGGAAGAUCUCAUCAAGCGUCUCGAAUCAGAGCUUUCUGGUCACUUUGAGAAAGCAGUGUAUCGUUGGAUAUUGGAUCCACCAGAUCGGGAUGCAGUGUUAGCUAAUGUGGAGUUAAAGAAAUCAGGCAAUAAACACCAUGUGAUCGUUGAAAUUUCGUGCACCAAAAACCCCGAGGAGCUGUUGGCUAUAAGAAGAGCCUAUCACGCUCGAUACAAGCGUUCCCUCGAGGAAGAAGUUGCCUAUCAUACCAAGGGGGACACCCGAAGGCUCUUAGUUGCGUUGGUGAGUGCAUUUAGAUACUAUGGAGAAGAAAUAAAUACCACACUAGCAAAAUCCGAAGCCAAAAAACUCCAUGAAGCUAUCAAAGACAAGAAAUUCGGCAAUGAGGAUGUUAUUAGGAUCCUUAGUACAAGGAGCAUAGCGCAACUCCUGGCCACUUUCAAUUGUUACAGAGAACAAGAAGGCACUUCCAUUACCAAGAACUUGCCAAAGGACUCGAGUGACGAAUACAUCGCCAUGCUACGUAUGGCAGUUCGAUGCCUCAAGGACCCGAAAAAGUACUUCGAAAAGGUUUUGCGCAGAUCGAUCGAGGGGAUCGGAACCGAUGAGGACGCUCUUACGAGAGUGAUUGUUACGAGGGCGGAAAAGGACCUGAAAGAAAUCAAAGAGCUUUAUCAUAAGAGAAACAACGUGCCUCUUGAUAAAGCUGUUGAUAAAGAGACCUCAGGGGAUUACAAGGACAUGCUUCUUACUCUGUUGGGGAAUGAAGUUUGAAAUGAUCUUUAUUUGGCCAUUUGCAGGUGCCUUUUUUUUUUUCUCUUUAAAUAAGUGGAGUUGGUUUUAUCAUUUAUUCGAGUCUCUAUCAUGUUCAUC